AGCGCCAUUCUCGUAUUGUGCGGUCAUGAGCGGAACUCACCCUCCGGAGAUAGAAGAUGCAACUAUCUGAUCGAAUGAUGCAAGAGAUGCCGGGGUCGAGCUAAGCUGCAGCCGCGACUGGACACGUGCAGAUAACAGUGGGACACUGGCACUCUAAAUUUCCGGCCAGGCACGCUUCUUUUUGGACACGGUGGGCAGGGGCAGGGAAAAAAUCGAAAAAACUGCAAGAAAUCCCAGAGAAGAGAUCUAAUUCAGAACGACAACCUGGCGAGUUCUGGGUGGCAAUCUCGACGCCGGGCCACCGCAACCUGCUGGAACUCAGGCUCCCCGCCGUUGAUGCGAAACAGCGCGAGCCAAAUGGGCCACAGACCGAUAUCUCAGAUCGCUGACGAAUCGACUCUUCCGACAGGCGCCUAAGCAGACGGACCGCAUCGCACCAUCGCUCUCGCCGUCUGCCGACAAACCAACCAAAACCUCCAACCGCUCGCGAUAACCGCAAAUCCCGGGCGCCGUACCCCACCGCUUCGACAGUGGAUGCACAGUGCCCAGACGCUUAUCACGAGCACCCCGCGGCCUGUCUCAGCUGGGCGUCGCCGAAACCACAUCCCUUCUUGUACAUAGGAGCCCGCGGCCGGGCAUCCUUGAACGGCCACCGCUACCAUGGGGUGGUUUAUCAACGCCUGCUCGAGCGCCAUCUUCCUGCUCAGCAUCGUCCUCUCGAUACCCAUCGCCUUCGACGUUGGGGGCCGUGAUGCUGGGUUGGCCUACUCGCUCUCGCUUUUCCUCUUCUACUUCUUCUACAGCCUCACAAAGCUUCUAACGCCAGAGAAGUCGCGGGUACGGUGGUUCUUCAGGAAUCUGGUUGGGCUGUCACAAUGGGUCGUCAUUCCGACGCUGCUAAUCUGGUCGCUCAACCGCUUCUCGGUCGAUGCUGGAAGCACUGGCUGGGUUUCGCGCACUUUCUCGCAGAUCACGUCGACGCACCAUAAAACCUGGAAGGAGUGGUUCUUUGGUCAGGACGGGUUCGUCGAGACGGUGGCACUGGGCGCUUGGGACAAUACGUUGAGCUACUCGAGCCCCGUCUUCCAGCUGCUCGAGGGCUUUUGCAGCUUGCUGGUCAUCCAGGCCGCCGGCCAGAUUACGAGGUGGCUUGUCAAUCGCGGGAGGAGUGACACGUGGGUGAUCAUCCUCCUGGUUCUCUCGGGUUCGAUCAUUUCGAGUGCCGCAUACUUCCUGUGGCGCGUCAUUUCAUUCCCGCAGGUCAGCAACCUCGAUGCGACCCUCAUCGGAGUCGCCAUGACAUCCGCCGCUUUCCUGGCCGCAUUCGGCAUCGCCAGCGGACGCGGCAAUCCCAUUGAGUCAUCCCUGCUGUUCGCCUACGCCGUUCUCUGCGUCUAUCAGAUCUUCACCGACUACCAGCCAUCCCCGGAGGCUGCGGCGGCAGCAGAGCAAGCAGCGGCCGCACAGCCCGAGUUCCCGCCGCUACCCCCAAUCAUCAUGGCUUCCUAUUCGACGCUAGUGCACAUUCUGAGCAGCCUCCCGACGGCUGUGAGCUCUUCCUUCCAGUUUCUCUACGCGGCGUUUCAGACCAUCACGCCGAGCGUCAUCAUCUCCCUGACAUACCGCAUUAUCGUGUUCUACUGCGCCACCCGCAUUAUCCCGGCGGUCAGAGAGCUGGGCGCCACGGCCAUCAUGGAAGAGCCGACGCUAGAGGACACGGACAGUGCGAACCGCCUGAUCGGCUUUCUUAGUUGGUUCUCACCGUCCAUGCUUAUCGCUGUCUACACCAGCCUGCUGUUGCAGCACUUCAGUGUUUCCAGCGGCGACGAUGCUGGGUGGACGCUGCGGGCGGGAGAGGUCGGCGGUAGCACAUGGCGAUGGGUGAACCUUGCCGCUACGAUGGGACUGUAUGCCGUCGAACUUUAUCUCGGCGGUGACGGCGACGGGGGGGGCCACUGGAAGACCGACUAGGAGAAGCACGGCCUCGGCUGCUCCUUAAGUCUCAAUAUACUGCGGGAUCGCUGCACCAGGAGCUGCGUUGGGCGCCGAUCAGGUUAUGUGCUGGGGCAACCGAGACCCUGGCGUGGGCCCCAAGGUGAAAGGGGGUCAGUCAGAAGAUUUGGAGCGGAGGCAAGCAGGGAAUUCGAAGGAGGCGCAUCGAUACCCAAAGCUGGGCCUGCACUCAUCCAAGA